AUUAACGCGUUUUUUCCUCCUUUCAUGGCUCUGCUUCCAUUAUUUUCACUCUUCCCCUAUCGGUUGCCACUAGAGAUUUUUCUUUCAAUGUGUAAGAGGCCAUUCUAAUUCUUCUUCCAUCUUCAAAACCUCCAUUUUUUUGUAGCGUCGACCUGACGACCCUAGCCUUCUUUUUGAGAUUAUUUUCCUUGCUUUUACUCACCCUAUGUAUGGCUAAUCACCGUCAUCCUUGAAUCUGACGGUUAUCUUCUUUUAUUUAAACUCCGCUCUUUUUGUGCAAAAUCUGACUAUUUCUUGAAUACCUAGAAGCGAGGUUUCGCUUUGAUGCCAUUUAGUGCGACAUUUCAAUUAAUGUCUGUACCAUUCCCUUGGUUCUGUUUCUAAUUUUUCCCAAGAUAUUAUAUUAGACGGUGACUUUGGUGAAGGAGAUAGACAAUGCCUUCAAUUCGAUUUGAUGCCCUCAAGUCGUACUACACCACUACCAGUCUUGUGGUUGGGUAUGCACUCUGUUCUAGCUUGCUUGCGAUCAUUAACAAGUAUGCUAUCACCGUGUUCAAUUACCCUGGCCUUUUAACCGCAUUACAGUACCUAACUUCAUUUCUUGGAGUUUGGGUUUUAGGGAAACUGGGGUUUUUACGGCAUGAUCCUUUCACUGUGGAGAUGGCCAUGAAGUUCUUGCCUGCUGCUGGGGUUUUCUUUCUAGCAAUAUUUACCAAUACCAAUGUUCUUCGACAUGCCAAUGUAGACACUUUCAUAGUUUUUAGGUCUUUAACUCCUCUUCUUGUCGCUGUAGCUGACACUACUUUCAGGAAGCAGCCAUGUCCGUCAAAGCUCUCAUUCUUGUCGCUGGUGAUCAUUCUUGGAGGAGCUGUUGGGUAUGUAGCCACUGAUUCUGCCUUUAGUGUGACCGCCUAUUCAUGGGCAUUUGCUUAUUUGGUGACAAUUACUUCUGAGAUGGUUUAUCUCAAACAUAUGGUCAUGAAUCUUGGGCUGAACACAUGGGGUUUUGUGCUGUACAAUAAUCUGCUGUCCCUUAUGAUGGCUCCUAUAUUUUGGUUUCUGACGGGAGAGAAUUUUCAAAUCUUUGCUGCUUUGAGAUCAAAAUCUGGAAAUUUGUUUGACGUAACCGCAUUUUCAGCCGUAUCAUUGUCCUGUGUAUUCGGUUUGCUCAUCAGUUUCUUUGGCUUUGCGGCUAGAAAAGCUGUUUCAGCAACAGCAUUCACUGUAACUGGCGUGGUUAACAAGUUUCUUACUGUGGCCAUUAAUGUGAUGAUUUGGGAUAAGCAUGCUAGCCCGUUUGGUCUGGUUUGUCUGAUUUUUACCAUUGUAGGGGGAAUUCUUUAUCAACAAUCAGUGACUGGAUCUAGUACCGCUCCAACACAACGUGACACCCUGGUGUCUAAGCAACCGGAUAUUGAACAUGUUGAUGAUGAUAAUCUCAAUAAUUCAGACGAUGGGAGUAAAGGAAAAGGAAAAUCUGAUAAACAUGCUUCUAUUUGACAAUUUACAAUAUUUGUAGCCCCAUCGCAUUUCUAAGAAAUGCCUUCGCUGUCUUUUGUUUAGCAAUAACAAUGUAUGAGAUCCUUUGGGCAAUAUAAGCUAUCAUUUUCUGUGUGAUAUGAACUUGUCGCCUACUUUUCUUGAUUAAACUUGGGUGCUAUUU